AUAUGUUUAGAACAGGUGUUAGAUAAACAUUGCCAUUGUGUCAAGCAUGAAUGUGAAAUAGUUUGCGGUCCACAGCACGCUAUAUACAACGAAAAGUAAUCGUGUUUUGGAUUUCUUUGUACUUCAAACAAACAAUUGACAAUGACAUGCAUAUGCUACAUGUAUUUCCGAACGUACAAAUGAUGAAGAAGGGGGGGGGAGGCAUGGAUGUACUGUUGUUGUUCCCUGUCCCCACAUUUUAUUUUCGCUGAACGAUCUUUUCAUAUAAAUAAGAUGCAUUUAGUUUUUUGGUGAGAUUCCUCUUCAUUAUUUCUAACAGCGGUUUGAACAUUACCGUUUGAAGAUUACUUUUGUAACUUUUCAGUGCCUAGUUUGGAAUUCUCAUUUAGCUACAUUUACAUGUUGUAAAUUUUGCAUAUUUAUUGCGAGUCACUUCUGUUACGUAUUUUUUUUUUCAUAUUAGAACUCCUACACAAGCUUCGAAUCUUAUAGUUUUUUGCUAAGGUUAUUAGCAUUUUCAUAUAAAGAACUGUUUUAUAGAAUUAAAACAAUAGCAAUGUGUAUUACGUCUCAUUCAGACAAACGGAUGAGUCUCCUUUGCAAUAUGAAUAUGAGCUUUUACACAAGAAGUGUAAUACACACAAGUUGAUGAGUACAGCGUUUAAUGUACCUGUGUACAAACUCUUGUUUUUGAGUUUUUUUGUUGUUUUUUUUUAGAUUUACGUAUAACAAACAAUCACUACAAUUGCUAAAUGUAAAUCCAUGCUUAUAUGUUAGUCUAAUUCAUCAUCAUAUUUGAAUUAGUAUAUCCUCUUGCACUAACUUUCAUGUUAAAAAUUAGCUAUCUCCACUCUUGUUGAUGACACAGUAUUCAGUUUCAAAGUAAUAUUGCACCUGUAUGAUGAACAUCUUUUCUAAAUAACUUCCUAAAUUUUGUUUUCAGUUAUACAUGUAUUUAUCUGACUUAUUUGGAUUCAGAUUCUCUCCAACCUGAUUUUGAAUUGAAGAUAACUUCAUUAUUGAUUACAAAAAAUAAUUCUACUUUCAUGGUUUGAUUGUUAUUUACAGAUAAUUAUGCACUGGAUUCUGUAGUACAAGUCAUGCAGAUGCAUGUUUAUGUGUGUAUUUAAAUGAUUUCUGGUAAGGUAAUGAAAUGGAAGUAAAGCGUUUCAUAAUCCUGCAUCAUUGGUGUGUUUUGACAUGUGGCAUUUGUUAGUGUAUGUGGUUAUGUGUAAUUUUCUUUUUUGUCCAGUUUGUUUGUUCCUUUCUAUUAUAAGUGACUUACAUAUAUGUAUCAAACUAUUGAUUUGUUUCAUUUCAGUUGUAUUCUAAAGAUAUUUCAUACACUAUUUAACUGGAACACAACAGUACAUGUAUUUGUUCACAAAGCCAAGAAUUUAUCUAGUACUCAAAAUUCAGUUUUCACACAAAUGACUGAGUAUAAGUUAGGCAGGAUAGAAGUGUGUCUGAAGGUUGGAAAGUUAAUCGAGCAGCAGGUUGAUGUCAUAGUGUGCAGUGGACCCCAAGACCUACAGCUGAAAAAUGGAGGAAUGGCCGAAGCGUUGCUGAAGGCAGCGGGAGCUGGCAUUCAGACAGAGUGUCAUAAAAAAUAUCCCCAAGGAAUUAACUAUGGAGAAAUUGCCAUUACUGAUGGAUAUGACUUACCAUGUAAAUUUGUGUAUCAUGGAGCCAUUCCUAAGUGGGCCUCCACUUGCACCCCCACACCUAAACAGAGUUUGAAAGAAUUUGUGACAAACUGCUUAGAGGAAGCGAAUAAACACAAGAUGACAAAGACCCUGGCUAUGCCUACCCUCGGGACUGGGUCGCUGGAAUACCCUCCUGAUGAGGUGGCUGAGGUCAUGGCGAAAUGUAUUGAAGACUUCGACAAGAAACAUCCUCAAACUGAACUCACCAGGAUCACCAUUGUAGCUUACAACUUGGACAAGAAGUGGCAAACUGUUCAAAAGGCAUUUUUAUCCACACUGCAAGUGACCAAUCCUUCUCUGAUAUCACAGGGGCCAGUCUCCUCAGUUGUCACACAAAAGACUGAGUGUGAGUUAGGCAGGAUAGAAGUGUGUCUGAAGGUUGGGGAGUUGAUCGAGCAGCAGGUUGAUGUCAUAGUGUGCAGUGGACCCCAAGACCUGCAGCUGAAAAAUGGAGGAAUGGCCGAAGCGUUGCUGAAGGCAGCGGGAGCUGGCAUUCAGACAGAGUGUCAUAAAAAAUACCCCCAAGGAAUUAAUUAUGGAGAAAUUGCCAUUACUGAUGGAUAUGACUUGCCAUGUAAAUUUGUGUAUCAUGGAACCAUUCCUAAGUGGGCCUCCACUUGCACCCCCACACCUAAACAGAGUUUGAAAGAGUUUGUGACAAACUGCUUAGAGGAAGCGAAUAAACACAAGAUGACAAAGACCCUGGCUAUGCCUACCCUCGGGACUGGGUCGCUGGAAUACCCUCCUGAUGAGGUGGCUGAGGUCAUGGCGGAAUGCAUUGAAGACUUCGACAAGAAACAUCCUCAAACUGAACUCACCAGGAUCACCAUUGUAGCUUACAACUUGGAUAAGAAGUGGCAAACUGUUCAAAAUGUGGCAUUUUUAUCCACACUGCAAGUGACCAAUCCUACUCUGAUAUCACAGGGGCCGGCCUCUUCAGUUGUCACACAAAAGACUGAGUUUAAGUUAGGCAGGAUAGAAGUGUGUCUGAAGGUUGGAAAGUUGAUCGAGCAGCAGGUUGAUGUCAUAGUGUGCAGUGGACCCCAAGACCUGCAGCUGAAAAAUGGAGGAAUGGCCGAAGCGUUGCUGAAGGCAGCGGGAGCUGGCAUUCAGACAGAGUGUCAUAAAAAAUAUCCCCAAGGAAUUAACUAUGGAGAAAUUGCCAUUACUGAUGGAUAUGACUUGCCAUGUAAAUUUGUGUAUCAUGGAGCCAUUCCUAAGUGGGCCUCCACUUGCACCCCCACACCUAAACAGAGUUUGAAAGAAUUUGUGACAAACUGCUUAGAGGAAGCGAAUAAACACAAGAUGACAAAGACCCUGGCUAUGCCUACCCUCGGGACUGGGUCGCUGGAAUACCCUCCUGAUGAGGUGGCUGAGGUCAUGGCGGAAUGCAUUGAAGACUUCGACAAGAAACAUCCUCAAACUGAACUCACCAGGAUCACCAUUGUAGCUUACAACUUGGACAAGAAGUGGCAAACUGUUCAAAAGGCAUUUUUAUCUGCACUGAAAAUGACCAAUCCUACUCUGAUAUCACAGGGGCUGACGUCUUCAGCUUCCAGCUUGUCCUCAAAGAAAGUGAAUUCCAAACAAUAUUUUCAAGAUCUUUAUGCCUCCACACCAAUAUCUCCUUCGUACUGGACCAAAUAUACAUCCAACAAAACUCUGGCAAUCUGGAACACUUCUUUCUCGCAGAGCGCGUUUCAUGUCGUGGAUGUGAAAAUUGCCAACCCUGUAAUAUACAAAGCUAUAGAAGAUUUAGCCCUGAGAACAUGGCAGCCCCUGUUUGUGGGAAAAGGUGUGGAUUCUGUUGGUCUAGAUCAGUUAGGAUAUACAAAAAUAAAAAUUACAAAAAUAGAGCGGCUGGAAAAUCCACACCUUUUUGAGGAAUAUUGGAAGUAUAGAGAAAAGAUCUUUCUAAAAGCUGCUCAGAGUGGUGUUUUGAAACCACUUGGUCAAAUUCCAGCAGUUAAAAAGGGGGAUGUGUUGACGACUGCAACUGCUGAUGCAUCACUGCAGGUAGAGAUUUACCCAGGUAUUAAUGAACACUACCUUUUUCAUGGAACACAACCAGAAUUAAUUCAGAACAUUCACACCCAGGGGAUGGAUGGCAGAGUUGCAAACAGUCCUUCCUUCGGGAGAGGAGUUUAUUGUGCGGAGAGUUCCACGAAGUCGGAUCAGUAUGCAGAUCCUAAAACACACAGGGAUUUAAAGAAAAAGAAAAUGCUACUAGUUAGAGCCUGCCUGGGAGAAAUGUUUAUUCGGACAGACACCGUAAACAAGUACGCGUACACCAGGCCUCCAUGUCAAAGCUGUCAUCAGGAUCGCUGCAUUGACGCCACACACAGCUCUCGUUUCUUCGACUCCAUCGUAGUGGACGGAAAUUGGAAUUUUAGAGAAUUCAUUUUGUACGAUAACAAGGCUUGUUACCCGGAGUACUUGAUAACAUACAAGAGAAUAUAAACUGGCCAGUAUUUAAAAUCUCUUAUACAUGUAUCUGAUGAUAUUAGAGCAACAUUAGAGCAAUCAGCAAAUAUAAUAUUUUUAAGCGCAUGCAGCUUAAAUCGUUGUAUUAUAUCAGUGCUUUCAACUAACUUAUUAUUCCUUCAUGGACAUUGCUAUGUUGACAAUUAGUUAAUUUUAAUGUUUUAAACUUGUGUAUUUUUUAAUUUAAUUGCAUGUACUGUGCCAAUGAUUGCCAUUUUGUUUGUAAAAUUGUGCACUUUUAUAAAUUUUAAUAAUAAUAAUGAUGAAUGUAAUAUAUGUACAUAGUUUUUCAUGUUCUCUGUGAUGGAUUUUUUGUGUUGUCUUUGAUUAAUUUUAUAUGUCCUUUAUGGUGAAUUUUUCAUGUUGUCUUGAUGAAUUUUUCAUGUUCUUUUACAUUUAUAUGGAUUUUUAUUUUCUCUGAGAUGGAUUUUUAUAUGCCCGUCACAGAUGGGUUGUAUUAUGGUAUGACAUCAUGCAUUUGUCUGUCUGUUCAUCUGUCAGCAUGCUCUGGGCCAGAUUAAACCUAGUGCUUAAAAAUCUCAGAUAAUCAACUUGGUACACAAAGCUAUGAUUAGAGAAAGAAACUUAUUGGUUGUUUUUUUUUAUAGGUCACAAUCAAACUUGCAUGGUUAAUUUUAUUUUAAGAACAAGACUAGGAUAAUCAAACUUAAUACACAUUUCUCCAUCAGUUUCAGUUUACUUUAUUCACUCACACCAUAUUAUGGUACAUGAGGUACAAUAUAUACAAUAUUUACAAAUAGAAUAUAUUAUAUGCAAGGUACACGUGAAAUAAGCAGGGAGUUGUUUUAUAUACAUAAAAUUAGUUAAGGAGGACAGAAUUGGUCAUAUAUUUUAGAUAUAAAACUACACAAUUUGAUAAGUACAUUAGGGUCUGAAGUUGACAUUAACUCUGAAAAUUUGAAAAAGUUAGGUUUGUGACAAUAUUUUCUACACAGAUACUUUCCUCUAUAACAUUCAAAAAACUUACAUUCAAGGAUAAAAUGAUAUUCGUCAGCUAUCUGACCCGUAUUACAGAUAUGGCAAGUUCUUUCGUCUUUAGGAGUGCCACACCAUCUUCCAGUCUCUACUGGGAGUUGGUGAUUUGAAGUUCUAAAUUUGAUAAAUAUUGUUUGAAGUUUUUUAGGUAAAGUAUUUAAGUAUUUUUCAAACCCAAAUUCACUUUUGAAAAUGCCAUACGUUUCACCCUUAGAUGACUCCCGUAUAUCACUUUGCCAUUUCUGUAUAUACUGAUCUUUAAGACGUCGUUCAACAGUAAUUUUUAACCAGUUUGUAUUAAAAAAUGCUUGUUCAUUCCAUAUAUUGGAGUGUCCACAAAGAUCAAAAAUAUUUUCAAUACAAGAUAACCAAGAAUUCUUAUAACUUCCUCUACAGAAUAGAUUAUGUACAUACUUGUACAAACUACACACAAUCUUACUAUCUGGAAUUAAAAAUAACCUUCCCCAGUAAGAAAUCAUUCUUGUAUACACUGUUACAUAUAAAGGAAAGCGGCCAGUUUCUCCAUAGACCAUAUAAUUUGGAGUACUACUUUUUAAGUUGAAAAUAUAUUUUAAAAUUUUAAGUGCAUUCGCUCAAUAAUGUCAAGAUUUUCGAACCCCCAAAUCUCACAACCAUACAAAAGUACAGGUGCAACAACUUUAUCAAACAAAUCAAGUUGACAUUCAACUGAUAGAUUAUAUUGUCUAAUUUUUCGUAUAACUCCAUACAUGGCUUUUUGGGCUUGCUCACAUAAAUGUGUUUUUGCCUUGUUAAACGAUCCUGAUCUGGAAAAAAAUAUACCCAAAUAUUUGAAUUCUUUCACAAUUUCAAUAACUUUGUUAUUAAAGUAAAAUGUAUUAUUUGGAGGUCGACCUUUGGAAAAAAACAUAAUUUUUGUUUUAUCGACGUUGACAUGUAAUUUCCACUGAAUACAAUAUGAAUGAAACUCAUUAAGAGCAUGUUGUAAUCCCACUGCAGACUCUGAUAUAAUCACUGUAUCAUCGGCAUAGAAUAAAAUAAAAAGUUUUAAAUAAAGUAGACAUUGGUUUUCGUCAGUGUUUGGUAUACUUGAAUUAAUAGAGAGCCCAAGAACGUUUUUGCUAGAAAGAAACUCUUCUAAGUCAUUGAUAUAAAGCGAGAACAAAAGAGGAGAUAAAUUUUCACCCUGACGAACCCCAAUCUUACAGUUAAAAAAUUCAGACGACUGGCCAUUAAUGGAUAUCAUAGACUUAACGCCAUCAUACAUGUUUUUUAUAUAUGUAAAACACUUGCCAUCAAUACCGUUUUUUAACAAUUUAUACCACAACCCAUUUCUCCAAACAGUGUCAAAUGCCUGUUUAAAAUCGAUAAAAGCACAAUAAAGUUUCUUUUUGUUAAACAUUACCAUAUUGGUUAGAAAAUGCAACGUUAAUAUAUUGUCAAGAGUGGAAUACCCUUUCCUAAAACCUGUUUGACUUUCACUAAUAAGGUUAUAAUUGUCUACAUACAAUUCCAAACGUUUACAUAGAAUAGAAGUGAAAAGCUUACCAAGACAACUUAUCAGUGUUAUUGGACGGUAGUUUUCAGGUUUCGUUGGGUCGCCUUUGUUUUUGAAAAUCGGUUUUACUAUGCCUAUUGACCAUUCGUCGGGUAUAAUCCCACUAUCAAAAAUCAAAUUAAAUAAUUUUGUAUAUACGGGCAAAAAAAUAGACAAAGAUGAUGAAAUAUGUUCAUUCAAUACAUUGUCAAAGCCUGUUGCCUUAUCAUUUUUCAGUUGUUUAGCCGCAGCUAAAAUCUCCUCCUCACUGAUUUUGACAUUCAAGAAACCAUCACAAUCAUGUUUGUCUACAGAAGAACUAAAUAAAUGUACAUCUUCAGUAUGACUAUCAGAACAUUCAUUCAUAGUCUUCAAAAAAUCAUACAUUGAGUUGAUAUCAACAGCACAUUUAUCUGCACUUUUUGAACCAUCAUAGACCUGAUUAAUGAUAUGAUGCAGUGUGUCUGUGUGUUCAUCCAUCAAGCACCUUGUGGGAAGGAUUAAAAGAUUAGUAGUAGGGGUAGGACAGUCCAAUCACGGGUAAUUAUGAAGUAAACGCAGUAAUUAGGCUAGGAUCAUCGAACUUCAUCUACAUGUUCCUGAGGUGUUGAUGCCUUGUAUCUUUUAAAAAGGAAUAAUUUUGUCUUUUCCAGCAGAAACUCGUAUGAGAGCAAAUAAAUAAAUGUUUAUUCGGUAUAUACAUGUACAUGUACAUACACACAAACAUACACACAUAAAUACCAAGGACAACCCAUUAAAACUCGAAAGCUUAUUUCCAAUGGGGUCCUUUGAUGCACGGAUGUUUGCGCUGGGGGAUCAUUUAUGUGGGAGGAAACCGGAGUACCAGGAGGAAACUCUCGUGUCCGAGCGGGUGACCGUCAUACCCUCUCGCAUACAACCACUGCCGAUCACGGGGAUCGAACUUGGGUCGCAGCGGUGAGAAGCGAGAGUGCUACCCGGACACCCAAAUAGAAAUAGAAUAGAAAAGAUCUGGGGCCUGUUUUACAAAAGAACUUACAACUAAAACUAAAAAUGUUACAUACACAUACAUGUAGUCCUAAAAAGCUUGUCGACUUAAUUCAUUUUGUGAGAUUAUGCUUAUCUAGAAUUGUAUAAUAAAAUUUUUCUUAUUUACAUUAAAAUCAUAAUUUAAUCAACAUAUAAAGAAGAAAAUACAUGUAAAUUGCCAAAGAGUUUGGUCUGAAUAAGAAGUUCUUUUGUAAAAAUUGAUUUUAAUAAGAUUGUAAUAUGUCAUUCUUUUCUACGGUAUACACGUUUUCAUCAUAUAUGAUUUCAUAUUUACUGGAAAAAUAAAACUAUCCAAAUUGAAAUAUUUGUGAUAUGACUUGUAAUGAUAUUUUAAGAAUAUAUCUGUGAUGAAAUGAUUUUACAUAAAACUUUAAGACUGUU